AUGGAGACCCGCGAUCGCACACUUCGAGACACCGCCCUCGCCGAGAAUGCGCUCUUACAAUACGGCAAGAGCGACGUCUCAGGCCUUCUUUACCGGGACUCAGCCGCCUUCAGGGCAUACAUCAAGCUUCAGCGACUCCCCACCGGCGCCCCAGCCUUCGACCUCGAUGCACAAGGCUACCCGACCAUCCAUCAAGGAGAGUGCGUCUGCCGCAUGAAGUCAUCAGCAAGCGACAGUGAUACGCUCUGCGGUGCGCUAUAUGGCGGGAAGGCUCACCUCGUGCGACAUGUGCACCGCGACCAUGGGCUGAAGUCAGAGUGUCCGAGUGGAAGGAAACGCACGACGGGGAGAGGGGAGGCGUGUAAAUUUUACCUGAUGGUGAUGGAGCAUGAGGCCGAUCGUGCUGAGGGCGAAGAGAAGGAGCGGAUCAAGGUAGUAGUGAAGCAGGAACCUGGCACAGACCUCAUGCCGCAGCCUUUGACCAGAGGUCCCACAGCUCGUGGAGGCCGCAAGCGUGCUUUGUCUGAAGGCGAUAUUUCAAUGGCGACGUCCGAAGCCCAAACAAGAACGCUGGAGCUGGAGAUCGAGAAGACGGAUCUACACAUUCAGAGAACGAAUCUACAGAUCAAGAAGGUCGAGCUGCAGCAAAGGUUGCACAAGCGCCGCGGGCUCGCGUAG